AAGAUGAGCAUAACUGGUGACGAGAUUACAUCGAAGACGGCACGAAAAAAAUUUUUUGCACGUUCACGUGGACUUGCUAUAAAGCAAUGGGUCGUGUAAUUAGAAGUCAAAGGAAAGGUGCUGGAAGCGUUUUUAAAAGUCACACGAAACAUCGAAAAGGAGCACCCAAGUUACGUGCCGUUGAUUUCGCAGAAAGACAUGGGUACAUCAAAGGAAUAGUUAAGGAAAUCAUCCAUGAUCCCGGUCGGGGUGCUCCUUUGGCAGUGGUGGUCUUUAGGGAUCCUUACAGGUACAAACAAAAGAAAGAACUCUUCAUCGCUGCUGAAGGAAUGUACACUGGACAAUUUAUUUAUUGUGGAAAGAAAGCUGUUUUACAAGUAGGCAAUGUGCUUCCUGUGGGUGCUAUGCCUGAAGGUACCAUUAUUUGCAACUUGGAAGAAAAAUCUGGUGAUCGUGGACGUCUGGCCAGGGGCUCCGGAAAUUAUGCCACUGUUAUAUCUCACAAUUUAGAUACGAGGAAAACGAGGGUAAAGUUGCCAUCUGGUGCAAAAAAAGUUCUACCAUCUUCAAACAGGGCUAUGGUUGGUAUUGUUGCUGGGGGAGGACGUAUAGACAAACCAAUCCUAAAAGCUGGUCGUGCUUAUCAUAAAUACAAAGCCAAGAGGAACUCUUGGCCCAAGGUUAGAGGUGUGGCCAUGAAUCCCGUUGAACAUCCUCACGGUGGUGGUAAUCACCAGCAUAUUGGUAAAGCAUCCACUGUCAGGCGAGAUGCAUCUGCUGGUCGCAAGGUGGGUCUCAUCGCUGCCCGUCGUACCGGUCGUAUCCGUGGUGGUAAAACUUCUGUAUCUGGCAAAGACGAUUAGACAAAUAAAGAUUUUUAUUAAAACUUGU